AUGGGAUCUAGUGAUGCAGAAAUGAAAUCAUUCCCAUUCAUUGGGGAGAAAACUUUUACCCAGGAAUGUUCCAUCAAUGAGUUGAGGUCCAUGGCCAAUUCCUGGACAUUAGCUGGAGAUGCCAAGCUUCUAGGCUACCUGCACCACCUAUCGAACAAAAUGACCCGCAGAAUGGAGAAUGUGCAUGAACAGCUCGUCGAUCUGCAGUAUCGGACCAAAACGACAGGUGUUAGGUUAAACAAUACAUUCAACCAGUUCAACACUCUUGCCAACACACAAUUCGUUGAAAACAGAGUGUACGACGAGGACCUGCCAUGCAGCAUCCAGACAUCCAGAGUCUCUGAACUGAAACCAGUAUUAACGAAAGAGGAGCAGGAAGCAGAGUUCUUACCAAAGAUAAUAAAUGCAGUUUCCAUGGGGAUCAAAUUGCUGGAUGGGUUUGAUGGUUCAGCUGCUGAUGGCGCGCCGACGACGGGUGGAAAUAACGCAAAGCAGCAACAGCAGCUACAACAAACCACACAAAAUGGUUUAUCAAACGUUGGAGCUGUUAGCAAUGAUAAAGAUGAUGAUGGUGAUGAUGAUAAUCGUAACGAUGAGGAUGGUGACGAUGAAGAAGAGGACGACGAUGAGCUCUUUAAAGCAGCGACCAGCAGUCGACACAAAAAAUCUAAAAAAGAGUUAACUGCAGACGUACCAGUAGCAGCAGUCGAAGCGACAGAACACUCAGACAUGUAUCCAGUAACUAAGAAUGAUGCUAGGCUGAUUUUGAAGAACGCCAUUGAUAAAAAACUAAAAUCAAAAAUUGUGAAUCAAAAGAAUGAUGUUCAGAAAUUCAAAAGUAUUUUUGACGAAUCGGAAGGAGACGGGGAUGAAGAUGACUUCAUGUCGAAGAUAACUGACAUUAUCAACAAGCCAAAAGCAGAUAAGACUCUUUCCACUAAGACCACAACUAACAAAGGAACCAACGAUGAUGCUGACGACGACGACGAUGGUGAAGAUAAGUUGUUCGCAAACAUGGAUGUGAAGAAGGAUGACAAACCAUCUAAAAAGGUUCCGCCAGGAGGUGUGUCCCUUUUUGGAUCGAAUCCUGCAUUGAUGAAUUCAUCUCUGAGGAAGAACAAACUUGUUAAUAGGCUUGAUGACAAUUCGGACGUUGGUGAAACUCAGGGAACACAACUUCAUCCAGAAAAUAAACAACAACAACAAGCUAAGCCAGAGCAGCAACAAGCUAAGCUGCAACAGCCCCAACAACACCAAACAUCUAAACAACAACAACAGCAGCAUCAGCAGUCAAAGUAUAAGAAACCAACCAGCCUAUUUGACAACAACACAAGCGAAGAUGAUGAUGACCUGUUCAAACCUGUUGGUUUCAAAGCUCCAAACAAGACUCAACAAUCCCUUGCCACAAAAUCGUCUCAACCUCAGGCUGUAGCUCCUGUGGCUGCUGUUAACAAGGAUGAUGAUGAGGAUGAUGAGAGUGAAGAUGACCUGUUUACAAGUCUGUCAAAAAAUAAGGAUAAAAAAGUUGCUGCCAACAAUCAACCAACAAGUCAAGUUACCGCCAAACAAUAUAUCAAUCAAAGCACUAAAGCUCCGCACAUCGAACAACAACAAUUUGAACAUGGAAAAAUAGUUAUAGCAAACAAAUCCUCUAAGAAAGUUGUCAGUUUGUUUGAUGACGACGACGACUACGACGAUGGCGAUCUGUUUGGCGCCACGAAGAAGGAGAUUAAGAAAGAGGGGAGUGGUGAUCGAGAUGGUGGUACUGAUGUGGUGAGCAGCAACGUCAAACCUGCGAAGGCCACGAAAUCAAAACUGUUCGAUGACGCUGAUGAGGAUGAAAGUGAUGAUUUGUUCAGCUCAUUGAAAAAAUCAAACAAAACAGAAUCAAAAGAUGUCGUUGUCGUUCAGCAACAAAUUCCUAAUCUACAACCACAACAAUCACAACAACCAAAGCAACCACAACAACUACAGCAACAACAACAAACUCAACCAUCUCAACAAAUCCCAGAUAAAGACACCAAAACGAACAACUUAACAGACACAAAAUUGGCAACAUCGUCAAAACAUCAACCAGCACCACCACCAACAUUAAUCACAUCAACUACCGAAAAUGAUUCACCAUCUGACUUUCUGGCAUCAAACAAAUCAAGCAAAGGCCUCAACCAAUCAGAUGAAACCAAAGUACAAACAAACCAAUCAAAUGAUUCAAAUAAAUCGAAACCGAAACCCAUUUUUUCUUCGUCAUCUGAAACUGAAGAUGGUGGAUCGAUGAAACAGCAGCAGCAGCAUCAACAAUCACCAACUAAUGAUGAUUCAGUUAGCAAAAAAAGCGGCAACAUUAAAAACCUGCAGAACAUUCUGAACAUCAACCCCCUAACGUUCGGAGCCCAGUCAGCAAAGCCCAUCUUCAAAAACAAACCUGCAGUCUCCGCCAAAAACCCCGCCAAGAAGGACGGCGAUCAUUUGUUAUCAUCUUCUUCAUCAUCAUCUUCAGAUGUUGACCUCUGCGCAACAGCAGCAACAGCAGCAGCAGCAGUUGUUACGGAAAUUAAGGUGAAAGAUGUUGCUAAAGAUUUGAUAGACGAUCGUAUGAAUAGUCACACAAGCAAACAGGCUUUGGAUGGCUCAACAUUUCAAACAACGACAUCUACUACAACAACGACAUCAACAACUACAACAACGACAGCUACAACAACAACCAAUGGUGAACAUGAAAAUGAAGAUAGACAGAAGGAAACAAUGGAUCUGAUAAAAGACAGAAGUGCUCCGUUCUUGCAGUGUGUUUCUAAGACCAGACCAAAAAUUCGCAAGGCACGCAGGCCGAGAACAAUACGAGCAUGUGCUGCUGACAGUGAAAGCGAUUUUGAUGGUUGUGAUUGGAUAAGUAAAAAGUCACGUGAUCACUCGCAUAGCCAAUCAAAUCCGGCUGAAAACAAAAGUGUUCUUAGUAAUCAUGAUAGCUUUAGCAACUUAAAAACGGCAGCAUCCACAGCAACUACAUCAGCUUCAACAACUGCUACCACCACUCAAAAAAAUAUUUCUUCUAAGGUUCCUACAUCUAUUACUACUGCUGUUACUUCAAUUGCUUCCAACACUAUUUCUGAUGGUCAAGCCAUUUCAAUAACGAACCCUUUGAAUUCUAAGCAAAAUAUUCAAUCCCAGCAACAACCUCAACACCAUCGGCAACAGCAGCUACAACAACAACAACCGCAGCAGCAACAACCGCAACAGCAACAACCGCCACCUCAACACUCUCAACAACAGCAGCAGCAACAACAACAGCAGCAACAACAGCAACAGCUGCAGCAACAACCGCAUAAAAAUCAGCAGCAAAGACCGAUAGAUAAGGAAUCUCCUCUCUUCACCCCACCGAAGUUUGAUGAUGAAGCUGACGAUGACGACGACGAUGAUUUGUUUGGCACGAUAAAAUACAUUAAACCCUCUAUUGCGUUGAAGACAUCCGAUGUUAACAACUUCUUCGGGAAGGAUGAUGACGACGAUGAUGAUGACUUAAAUAUAUUCUCAAAUGCAUACGCCAACAAAAAUUUAACACUAUCUGCUGCUGCUGCUACCUCUGCUGCUACCUCUGCUGCUACUUCUGCUGCUACUUCUACCAGCGGUUCUGUUGCUGCUUCUUUUGCAUCUGCGGCUGAGGAAAAGAAGAGUGGCAACUUUUUCAGUCGACAAAACGUGGACGACGACGAUGUUGACGUUUAUUCGAACAACUACAUGUCUGCAGUGCUGCCAAAACUAAAGACAAUGCUAGCCACAGCAGCUUCCCUGACAACCACAACGACCACAACGACUCAAUCCAAAACAGACAAUUUUGGACAGAAUGAAAGUUCUGAUGACGAUCUAUUUGCCACUACUACAUCUACCACCAAAACAGCCAUUGUUACCGCAACGACGGCUAAGACUACUACUACUACUACUACUGCAGCUGGUGCUGCUGCUGAAUCCAGUACAACUACAAACAUUACUAACGCUACAACUAUUCAUAGUAAUAUUUCCAAUGCUAAUAUUCCUACCAUCAAUUCUGCUUCUACUACUUCUACAAUUACUGCAGCUUCUGCUGCUACUACCGCAACCACCGACAAUCCUACACGAAAUGCUAAAGUAAAUCUUAAAACCAUUAGUGAACUAAUAAAUAGUGAUGACGACGACGAUGAUAUUUUUAAAGAAGCAAGAGUUUUUAAAGACAAAGUGGCUACUGCAAAUGAUGUCAGCGGAAACAGCAGCAGCAGCCACAAGAUAAACAACGUCACCACCAACAACAUUAAUAACGAAAUCGAUAAAAAUGACAGGAUGCACCGGAUUCAGGUUUUUCAAAUCCGGCCGGGGCCGGACUUGGCCGGAUUUGAAAUUCAAAAACCGGCCGGGGUCGGAGCCGGGGCCGGAUUUUAG